AGUGAUCUACGCGCGGGACUCAAACGCGUAUAUUCAAUAAGAAGUGUUUUGUUUUAGUUCUAGUUAAAAUGGGUUAAAUCUAGAUAACUUGUUUUGAUUAAAACUACAUGUUUAAUGCCGGAAGUUUGCUAAUUUUAGGACUUGAAGCGCUUACAUUGACAAACAAUUUAGAAAAGGACGAAUUUAAAGGAGAGUUUCUGCUAUGGAAAUACAAUUACAUUUGCGUGUAUAAAAUAAAUGAAUUUUCUGACUAAACAACAUGAGGAGAAGUUUAGCACCCAGUCAGGUGGCUAAAAGGAAGCAAGACGCAGAUUCAGAGGAUGAGGACUGGGACCCUGACAUUUCAUCACAGAAGAAGAGAGAUUGUCGUGAGAACUACAUCUCACCUUACAGAAAACCACUGACACCACUGAGUAACAGACCUGUGUGUGCUGAUGGCAAUGAGCAUGAAGCCUUCAUCCGCAAGAUCUUAUCAAAGCCGUUCAAGAUUCCCAUCCCAAAUUAUACAGGCUCAUUGGGUCUGAGGGCUCUUGGACUGAAACGGGCCGGUGUGAGGAAAUCCUUGCAUGACCCUUUUGAAGAUGGAGCUCUGGUUCUGUACGAGCCGCCUGUUGUGAGCGCUCAUGACCUCAUCAAAGCAGACAAGGAUAAGCUGCCAGUGCAUGUGGUUGUAGAUCCAGUGCUCUGUAAAGUGCUUCGACCCCAUCAAAGAGAGGGUGUGAAGUUCCUGUGGGACUGUGUGACGGGAAGACGUAUUCCAAACUCAUACGGCUGUAUAAUGGCAGAUGAGAUGGGGCUGGGGAAGACGCUGCAGUGUAUCACUCUUAUGUGGACGUUACUGAAACAGAGUCCUGAUUUCAAACCUGAGAUCGAUAAGGCCAUCGUGGUGUCUCCGUCCAGUCUGGUGCGCAACUGGUACAACGAAGUGGGCAAGUGGCUCGGAGGUCGCGUGCAGCCUGUCGCCAUCGACGGCGGGUCCAAAGAGGAAAUAGACCGCAAACUUGUAAACUUCAUUUCCCAGCAGGGAUUGAGGGUUCCGACUCCAAUCCUGAUCAUAUCCUAUGAAACUUUCCGUCUGCAUGCUGAGGUCCUGCACAGAGGCAAAGUUGGACUGGUUAUUUGUGAUGAGGGUCACAGACUCAAGAACUCAGAUAAUCAGACUUAUCAAGCUCUGAACUCUAUGAACGCUCAGAGGAGGGUGCUGAUAUCUGGGACUCCCAUCCAGAAUGAUUUACUGGAGUAUUUCAGCCUGGUGCACUUUGUCAAUUCUGGUAUCUUGGGCACGGCUCAGGAGUUUAAGAAGCGCUUUGAGAUUCCCAUCCUGAAGGGUCGUGAUGCGGAUGCCAGUGAUAAAGACAGAGCCGCUGGAGAGGAGAAACUCAAGGAACUCAUCGGCAUUGUUAACAGAUGUUUGAUUAGAAGAACCUCAGAUAUUCUUUCGAAGUAUCUGCCUGUGAAGAUUGAACAGGUCGUCUGUUGCCGUUUAACUCCUUUGCAGAAAGAGCUGUACAAGUUAUUCCUGAAACAGGCUAAACCUGUAGAGAGUCUGCAGACGGGCAAGAUCAGCGUAUCUUCUCUGUCCUCCAUCACAUCACUUAAGAAGCUCUGUAACCAUCCUGCAUUGAUUUAUGAGAAGUGUUUGGCAGGAGAAGAAGGAUUUGAUGGUGCUUUAGAUCUCUUCCCUCAGAAUUAUUCAACUAAAGCUGUCGAGCCACAACUCUCAGGAAAGAUGUUGGUACUGGACUAUAUUCUGGCAAUGACCAGGAGUACAUCAAGUGAUAAAGUGGUUCUGGUCUCUAACUACACGCAGACUUUAGAUCUGUUUGAGAAACUGUGUCGAACCCGGAGAUACCUUUAUGUUAGACUGGAUGGGACGAUGUCCAUCAAGAAGCGAGCCAAGAUAGUGGAGAGAUUCAACAGCCCCUCUAAUCCAGAGUUUAUAUUCAUGCUCAGCAGUAAGGCGGGAGGCUGUGGGCUUAAUCUGAUUGGUGCAAAUCGUUUGGUGAUGUUUGACCCCGACUGGAAUCCAGCCAAUGAUGAACAAGCGAUGGCCAGGGUGUGGCGAGAUGGACAGAAGAAAACCUGCUACAUCUACAGACUGUUAUCGACGGGGACCAUAGAGGAGAAGAUCUUGCAGAGGCAGGCUCAUAAGAAAGCUUUGAGUAGCUGCGUAGUAGAUGAGGAACAGGACGUGGAAAGACAUUUCUCUCUCGGAGAGCUACGGGAACUCUUCUCGCUCAACGAGGACACGGUCAGCGACACACACGACAGGUUUCGUUGUAGGCGCUGUGUGAACGGACGACAGGUGCGCUCUCCACCUGAUGAUUCGGACUGUACCAGCGAUCUGUCCAACUGGCAGCACUGUGCAGAUAAGAGAGGACUGAGAGAUCCUGUACUUCAGGCAUCGUGGGACGCUGCCGUCUCCUUCGUCUUUCACCAACGCUCACACGAGGAUCAGCGAGGAGUCAUCUGAGCGUCAUGAAUCCGCAGAUCUGAUCAUACUGUACAUACUGAACAAUAAGAGGAUCUUCUGAAAUAUAAAUGUGAGGUGUAACUUGUUGUAGUACGCUGACCUUAAGAUGUUAUUGCUUUAUUUAUUUUGUAAAAGUUACAAAUUCAAUAUUACUAUCAUUGUCAUUAAAAGUGUACACUGUG